UUUACUCUUUUUAUAUUAAAAACUCCACUAGCAUUUUUUUGCUUCAGCAGUCACCCACCCCCAAACCCCAACAUCAUCGCAUCAACACAACAAUGGCCACAAAUUUUGCUUCAAGGUCGAUUUUCUUCUCUCAUUCCGCCAAGCUCUUCAUCUUUCCAUUCAAACCCCCUCUUUCUUCUUCUUCACGCCUCCCCUUUUCUCGAACAACCUGCACUCUCCAACACCAACAACCUCCGAAUGUCAUCGGAAUCCUCGAACAAAGAGGUUUACUCGACUCAAUAACAAAUGAGUCUCUCAGAACCAUUUCAUCAAACACCAUCAACGCACCCUUAAAAGUUUACUGUGGAUUCGACCCAACUGCCCAAAGCUUGCAUUUGGGCAAUUUAUUGGCUCUCAUUGUUCUCUCAUGGUUCCGCCGCUCCGGCCAUAACGUCGUCGCGUUGAUCGGUGGUGCCACCGCGCGUGUCGGUGACCCAUCAGGGAAAAGCCUUGAAAGACCUCAGCUUGAUGUUCAAACUUUGGAGAGGAACACUGCUGGGAUUGAAAAUACCAUCAGAACAAUCUUGGGUCGUGUUCAAAAUCACCCAAACUCUGGUAAUGGUAAUGAUUCUGUUGUUGUUUUGAACAAUUAUGAUUGGUGGAAAGAGUUUAGUUUAUUGGAUUUUCUGAAAAGGGUUGGUAAAUAUGCUAGAGUAGGUUCAAUGAUGGCUAAAGAGAGUGUUAGGAAGAGAUUAGAAUCUGAACAUGGAAUGAGUUAUACAGAGUUUACUUAUCAGUUAUUGCAGGGUUAUGAUUUUUUGUAUUUGUUUCAGAAUGAGGGUGUUAAUGUUCAAAUUGGGGGUAGUGAUCAAUGGGGUAAUAUAACUGCUGGAACUGAGUUGAUUAGGAAGAUAUUGCAGGUAGAAGGUGGUACCUAUGGUUUGACAUUUCCUCUUUUGUUGAAAAGUGAUGGUACAAAAUUCGGUAAAUCAGAGGAUGGUGCAAUUUGGUUGGCUCCGUCCAUGUUAUCUCCAUACAAGUUUUAUCAGUAUUUUUUCUCAGUUCCGGAUGCUGAUGUUGUUAGGUUUUUGAAAAUUCUUACUUUUUUGGAUAUUUAUGAGAUAGUUAAAUUGGAAGAAGAGAUGAAACGACCUGGAUAUAUGCCGAAUACUGCUCAGCGUAGGCUUGCUGAAGAAGUUACUCGAUUUGUUCAUGGAGAAGAUGGUUUGAGCGAAGCUCUUAGGGCGACUGAAGCGUUGAGGCCGGGAUCUGAGACAAAGUUGGACUGGAAAACUAUUGAGGGGAUUGCUGAGGAUGUCCCGUCUUGUUCUUUAGCUUAUGAUGAAGUUUUGAAUCAGUCAUUGGUUGAUCUUUCUGUUUCUUCUGGUUUGUUCGACAGCAAAUCUGCUGCCCGCCGGUUGUUAAAGCAAGGAGGUGUUUACUUGAAUAAUAGCAGAGUAGAUAGUGAAAAUAAGAGGAUUGAGGCAGCUGAUAUAGUGGAUGGUAAAGUUCUCCUUUUAUCUGCGGGAAAAAAGAAUAAGGUGCUGGUACGAAUAGCAUGAUAGGAUUUAUUAGAUGAAUAUUCUUUGGGGAGUUUUUUAUUUAUUCUGUAUGUUUAUUGGUAACUGGUAUGCCAAUUUUUCUUUUGCUUGGUGUUCCACUGAAUAGCUUUCAUGACAUUGGUGACAUUGUAUGCUUGUGACAUCUGUUACUUGGUUCCUUUAUUAAUAAACUUUGCAGCUGUCUCCUAAUUUUUGGAGUGUCUAUCAUUGCAGCAGGACAAUCAAUUUGUAAGAUUAAAAUUUCUUGAUUAUUGAAUAUAAAAGUAGACAAGUUGAUUAACCAUAGUUGAUUUGAGUUAUAAAUAUCAAUAACAUUGAGUAGUUGAUGUUUUGCUAAUAUACAAGUAGAUAACUUUAUCAUACUUGCAACGAUGUCCUUUACCAAUGCACAAUCGUGCAACGGGAUACUCAUCUCAUACUCCUCCACCGCCAGAGUUCAACUGCCACCGAACGUCACCGACCCAAAGAAGCAACCCUAUUGAUUCGAAUCAAUGUUGAGCGUGCUCAACAACGGUCUCGAUGAACUCAAGUCAUAGAAAGUCGCCGUCGGAUUUCAGCACAAUGAGCUUUUGGUUUCUGCUUCCAAUGCUGUUCUUGAGGACGGUACUACCCUCCCUGCCGCCGUUGGAAACAGCACAGUUUUCGCUGGUUUUCCAGACGGAUCUGAAGACUGCUGUUGAAACAGCUGGUGAUUUGAAGCAGAUGCAGGCUCAGACCAGCCUUGUUGGGACUGUUUUUUGUGUUGCGCUGUCGGAUGUUCCAUUGCUGUCGUCGAUCAAGCUUGCUAAUGAUGGGAUUCAUCUGUCCUAAAGCCACUGGUCAAGGUAAGAAUGGGACUAAUGUGUGUUGCCCAAGAGAUCCUAAGUCCAAAUCAAACAUCACUACUGACGAAAAGAAAACUACUCCUGGAAUCAGUGUCGUUUGUGGUGAGGCCUUUCCCACGAAAGUCUUCUUCAAGGAGGAGGAAUGUUCUCUUCCUUCUGUAUUUCCAACCAGCGGUGCUUCCAGGAAGAGAUUUUCCUUUGCUACUUUGAUGCUUCUGCCAUUAUUGCCAUGUCUUCUUGUUGUAGUUGUGGCUAUGUUCAGUUUGUUUUCGUGGUUCUGGCUUGUUGCUGUCCUGGAUAGAAUUUGAUUCAUAUAUUGACCUCGUCACAGAAACAAGAAUGAGAAAUAUCGGUGGACCGAGUCGCGGUGUGGUAACAUCCAUGCUUUAUGUCUAGAUUAGAUUUUGUUUUAAUACUUAUUCAACUGAUAUGAUUCUUUCAACCAUGUUAUGGUACAAAAGAUUGUAGAUUUGAAGUGAUAGAAAUAUGUUACUUUUCUGUUGAAA